CUUGUCGCCAUUUCCUGACACCUGUGUGAUUGCGGUUCCUGAAAAUUUUCAUGUAGUUUAUUAUAAUUAUUACUCAGUUAAAAAUAAUAGUGAAUUAUUAUCUAGAAACGAUGGAAAAGAGAGUUCGUCAAUUACUGGACGAUAUCCAACACAAAUUUUGUACUGAAGCAAAGGCCUUAGACUUGUGGAAAAAAAUAUAUAAUUCGGCUAACUAUGAAGAGUUCACAAAACUUUUCUGUCAAAUUUUACAAGGAAUAAUCCAGGAAAAUUAUAAUAACCCUUACGUCAAAACUAUAAUCGCUGCAAUGGGUAAAUUCGUGGCAGAAGUUUCCAGCAGGGAAACUAAAGGACUUGCAUCUCCUGAAAACCUUUUGUUGAGAGAUGUUAUAAGCAAUAUUAUUAGAGAUCACACUGAAGAAAAUGAACAUUUUAAAUUUAAUGUAUGCAGUUUUUUAUCGGUAACUUUACAAAAUAUGGACAAGAAUGUUGAAGUUGAUGAAUCUGUGAUCAGGAUAGUACAAGAUUCUCUGUUAGAGAAAUUGGAGGAUCCGAAGCCUCUAAUUAGGCAACAAGCGGUUUCGGCUCUUGCGAGUAUCCAAUGUCCUUUCAAACGUGACUGCCCUGUUGUUGGAAGCCUAAUAACUUGCUUGAUAAAUCCACAUCCUUCGGUACGACGUGAAGUCGUUAAGAAUAUAGCUCUUACCGGAAUCAGUUUCUCACAUAUUUACAAAAGAACUAGGGACACAGAUGCGAGUGUCCGCAGAGCUGCUUUCAGCCGUAUGGCGGAUAUUGAUCCUACUAGACAUUUAAGAAUAACUCAGAGACAAUAUAUUUUGAAAAGUGGUAUUCUGGAAACGAAUCAGUGUACGAAGAAACUAUUUUCAGAACUUCUAUUAGCUAAAUGGUUGACUGCGUAUAAUGGUAAUUAUAUAGAGUUUUUGAAGGGCAUUAAACUAGACGCUGAUGAAAACGAUAUUCGAGAUACUGAAAAACUUAGUGGUCAGAUUAUGGAAUUUUUUUUGAAGAGUCAACCUUUAAAUAAAAUAAUAGAAAUUCUUCCAUUGGAUGAGGACAAAUUGAUUCCUGAAAGUUCUUUGCAAACUGAAGUGGUUUUGUAUUGGAAUAUUGUCCUCAAAUAUCUCCGACAAUCUGAAGACUUGGAAGAAUAUAUUGAACAACUUAUUCCCGAACUAAUAAUUUUUUGUGGCUACAUUCAGAGGAUAAUCGAUGAAAUGUUCCCUAGAAAGCUACAGGAGAGUUUUGAGGAAAAUUUAAAUUUCCAGCAUAUGUUGUGCCAUUUAUUUGACAUCGCUGAAAGCUAUGAUCUUUCUGAAGAGGUUGGCAGAAAAGCUUUGGAUGGAUUAAUAAGAAAAUGUUUAAGAGACCACCAAUGGCAUCAUAAGUUACUCAACAAAUUGAUUCAGAUCGGAAGUAAGCUAGCUCCAAAAUUAGAGUUGUUUACAAAUGAGGUGUAUAACAUUAUUUUCGAUAUAUGGCAACCUUUUGAAGAAAAUCCUAAUCAAACUGGAUAUUUUAGAGAAUAUGAGUUUAAGCGCGCACAAUUAAAAGUGAAGUUAACUCGAUUAGAGAAUGAGCUAAGCUAUGCAAUUGCCUCAGCAAACUAUGAGAUGUCGCGAAAAGUUGAAAUGGAGCUCAAUGAAUAUAGAGCAAAAUUGGAGAACUUGUCAAAGGAGGGUCCGCCUUUAGAAAUGAUAAGGAAACCUACAGAAGAUCCGGCAAAGCUAUGUUGGUGUUUGGAUUUGUUGUGUGCCCUAUUGAUGGUUUAUGCCAAUCAUGAACAUUUACCUUCCUCGCUGAAUAUGUUCAAGGACGAUUUUUUAUUGCCUUUGAUUUGGGAUAAACGUGCAGAGAUUCUCACUAGAGCCCUAAAAUGUAUGGGAAUCUACUGCAUAUACGAUCAAGAAACAGCGAAACUUUACCAUCAUUUGGGCACAUUCAAAAUUCACAUUAACAAAUACAAAUCGAUGAAACUCUAUAACAAAAAAGUCGUGAUGAAUUCAGUUUCCCUAACAUGUGACUUGCUUAUGAUUCAUGGUGUUGACUGGCUCGAUAACGAGGAAGAAAUUGAUAUAGGGAUGUCAGCCAUAGAGGGAGAGCCAUCCAAAAACCAAAAGCUUUCAUUCGACUCUUUUAUUCACGUCUUAUUAAGAAUGCUGCAAGAUGAAGACUAUGAAAUGAGAGACCUAUCAGUUACGGUUUUCGCAAAACUGAUGUGUUGCGGGCUCCCUAUCAGUUCUAUGUCCACAUCUAAAUUAAUUUUGAAAUGGUUCAGAUUAUCGAGCAAAUCAUCCGCAGCGAAAGCCCUUCAACACAAAAUUGGAAUGAUCCUCGGAGCAUAUGUAAACUCAGGAAAUGAUGCAAAGAAAAAUGUAAUUGAAGCAAUAGUACCUGUCCUUACAGUCAUAGCUAAGGCUCCCCCGUGGAGUUCUUUGUCCUUGAUAGAUAUUGAUCUCGCAGUCCAGUUUAUGGCAAUUAUUUCCGAUUCUGGCAAUUCUAAAGUUUUUUUGCACUCGCAACUAGCUCGAAUAUUAUUAGACGAAAUAGAUUUGGGGCCAGCCAAAAAUGCAACAAUUUAUUUCGCUAAAAUGUUGAACUUGUUAAAUAUUACUCUGAAUCAAUCGUCAGAAAUACAAGAUAUUAUAGAUAAGGUUGAGAAGAUUUUCGAGGAGAAAACUUUGAGCAAAGCAGUAAUGCAACACCUAGCCAGAUUCCUGAAGAAACUGAAAAAUGGGAAUAAUACAACUGCAAUCAGUACUUCGAUGAGCUUCAACUCAACCAAAACUUCUGUAAAUCGAGCAAAACCACUACAUAUAAAGGCAAAAAAAUUAGGCUCGCGUAUAAAAGAUAUCACGGAGAAGGAUCCAGAAGAUAAUGAAUUACCUAGAACGGAAGUUCAAGCAAAUAUUAGUCACAUUCUGCCAGAACAGGCUUCAGCCAAUACUUCUGCAGAUCAAACAAAACCACUUCAUAUACAGACAAAAAAAUUAAGCUCGGGUAUAAAACAUAUCAUACAGAAAGAUCCAAAAGAUAAUGAAUUGCCCAGAACGGAAGUUGAAGCAAAUAUUAGUGACGUUCUGCCAGAACAAAUUACAAAACCCCAGCAACCUGCGCCUGAUCAGAAUAUAUCAUCUUCUGGAUCUGAUAUUAUUGGGACCACCCAUACUCCGGUACCAAUGUUCAACAAGAUUUUACGAGUAAAUCUUGUUAGAUUACCUAUAAAAAUAUCUAGAGAUAAUACAUCCUCCGAUUCCGAUUCUGACACUGCGCCUCCUCCCGCCAAGUAUCGUCGUAUACGUACUCCAAAAGAUAAAACCAACUCGUCUUCGGAUUCAGACACUAAUUCUCCGCCCAAAAAACGUCAACGUCUGAUUACUCGAAAAGUUGAAAUGCCAGGAAGUGCACCAAAAAAUAAGACCGAAAACUACAGCAAAAAGAUUCUGAAAGAACCCUUGGCUACGUUGCCGAUCAACACCAAAGGACUGGAGGAAACUGUUGCAUCUCACCCAGCUCCAGAAGCGGACUCUGUAUUUUUUGACAAGUCAAGUAUUCAGUCGCCUCAAGGAAAUAAUCUGGAAAAAACUAACUCCUCCAAAGAUUCUCAUGUUACUUCUUCCAAAGAGUCAGCUUUAUCCAAAUCUGAAGAUGUUGUGCCCAUUGCCCAAGAAAACUUUGUAGAAAACGAAAUAUUCAGUUCUUGGUCAUCUGUGGAAGAGAUUGAAAAAAACUUAGAAACAAAUAAGUCUUGCGAGGAACAUGUCGACAGCAAUGCCCAACAAUCUUUGAAACAUAUUGAGUCUGCCGAGGAGUCAAUCAUAUCGAAUGAAGAGGAUGAGAAAAAUAGCCAUUAUUUUUUUUCCGGAAUGUCAAAUGUGUCAUUUUGUACAGAAGAAAGCACUGACGACAUUUCUGCAAAUACCAAACUGGAUGAAAAGAAAACCGCAUCUGCACUGGAAGAAGUUGAUGUACCCCAACCUUCUCCAGAAGCGAAAAUUGUGUUUUCUGACAAGUCGCGUGCUCUGUCGUCCCAAGAUGUUCAAGAGAAACGGUCUCCCAGAAAGCAACGCCUAUCUCAAGAAAAAACUGUUUCGACUUCUUCUAAUCACUCAAUUUUAUCGAAAUCUGAAGAUGUUGGAUCUCUUGUCGAAGAAAACGAAGUGUUAAGUUCCUGGUCAUCUAUAGAAGAGGUUGAGAAAAUCGCUCAACAAAAUUUGGAGGAAAUUGAAACUGACAAGGACAAGGGAGGAAAUAACCAAGUCUAUUGUUCCUUCGGAAUGUCAAAUGUGUUAUCUCGUAAAGAAGAAAUUCCUCCAAGCACUCAGGACAGUUCUGCAAAACCCAUAUUAGAUAACAAUAAAUCCGCAUCUGUUGAUGUACCCCAACCUUCUCCAGAAGCGAAAAUUGUGUUUUCGGACAAGUCGCGUGCUCCUUCAUCCCAAGAUUUUCGAGACAAACGGUCUCCCGAAAAGCAACGUUCACCUCAAGAAAAAACUUUUUCGACUUUUAACAAGUCAAGUUUGUCGGAAUCUGAAGAUGUUGGACCUCUUGCCAAAGAGAACGUAGUGUUAAGUUCGUGGUCAUCCAUAGAAGAGCUUGAAAAAAUUUCCCAAUCAAAUUUGAUGGAAAUUGAGCCUUCCGCAGAGUCAAUUGUAUCAAUAUCUGAUAAUGAAGAUAAGGAAGGAAACAUCCAAGCCUAUUGUUCCUCCGGAAUGUCAAAUGAGUCAUCUCGUACAGAAGAAAUUCCUACAAGCACUCAGGCCAGUUCUGCAAAACUCAUAUUGGAUAAUAAUAAAACCGUAUCUGAUUCAACUAGAACAUUGGGAUCACGCCAGUCAACCACUACAGAUGAUACAAGUAGCUUAAUGUCGAACAGUUAUCAACAAGAUUUGGAAUCGAGCAUUUCAGCAGCUUCAGAUGAUUCAGAUGAUAGACACAGCUCGCCGAUCAGUAUCAGACGUAGUCUAGAUCGCAAAGCCAGUAACCGAACAAAAAUAAGGAGCAGGUCAUCAAAAACGCUAUUUUUAGAUGAGAUUGAUGCGGCUGCAUCAGAUACUGAUGAGAACAUCGACGAUGACCCGCAUCGCUAAAUACAUUGUACAUACCUAAUUAGAAAGUAGAUAAGAAAUACUAUGUUACUUUACUUAUUGUUACUGUAACCUUACUUAUUGUUACUGUUACCUUACUUACUGUUACUGUUACCUUAAUUUCUUAAUUUAUUAUAAUUCCAUUUAAACCUGUCUUGUAGUUUUAUUUCUAGUCAAAAUAAUCUAAUGGAACCUAGACCUACUUAUUCCUAUGAAAAAAACCCUCAAAAAUAGAAAGAAAGGCCUGCAUUUCAUAACCAAAAUGUAAGAGAAAGCCCUUCAAAUCCUAUGGCCAAAUAUGUUUUAAUAAUUUC